AAAAGCGCACAGAUUGGGGUGGAAUCGCGAGCGAGAGGAAAAAUAAACGAUAAGGAAAACUGGCAGAAAAACGAGGCAAAAGAAGAAACCCCAAAAGGAAUCGCAAUCGCACUGCAAAAGGAAAAGUUCUGAACGACGAGAGCAGCGAUAUCGGGGAGGGCGAAAUCAGAUAUUUUGCUUCGAUUUUUCCAUCAUCGUUAAUGUGGAGCUUCUCCUUUUUCCAAGUGUUUUCGCGGUGGGGGUUGGGUGCGGCCGGGGAAAGUCAAAGUUUUACCAGCCCUCGAUAAGCUACUGCCACCCCCAGCAGCAGCAGCAGUGCCACAAGCAGAAGAAAGCCAACGCAUAGAGGAAAAUUCCAAAAGGAAAAUCAAGGAAAAAAGGAUUAACAAUAAUGCGGUGGUGAAAAUUCUUCCUCCCCAUUCGCUCUCGCAUUUUAUGUAUUUCUCCCUCUCACUCUCUCUUUCUCUCACUGGCCAAACAGGCCAAAAUUAGGUUUAUGAGCAAAGUUUCGAGUGGAAAGUACUGCGUGCGGAAAAGCUAAAGAAAAUUGAAAAAUAUGAUGCUACAUUCGCAGAAAAGUGAUAUUUUCCAUACUGCUGCUCCCUCUUCAAUGGUUGUUUGAGGUCAAACACAUCGAAAAGAAGUUUGUGUUGUGAAAAUCGUGAAAAGUGGCACAAUUUAACCACCCACAAAAAAAUAAGGAAAAACAACAUCAUGCAUCGAAUCGAAACAGUGCUAUAAAAUGGUGUGAAAAUCAAACGAAAAAAUCAAACCUGCACAAAAGUGGCUUAAGAAUCUCGCGAUGGCCCCGCUCGGGUCCAAAACACCCCCCAGAAGCGAUCGUCAGACGUAACAUCCGUGUAGCAAAUUCUUCGGCCGCAAGCCAUCCGUCGUGUCCAAGAUUGUCGCGCUACGACCAGGAACCACCGGGUAGAGAGAGAGCGAGGAGAUUCGGCACAGAUACCCGCCGGGGCUCUUCUGAUGGGCACGCUUACGUCCUCGUCCUCCCCCGCGACGGUCACCACCACCAUCACCAACUUCCACCAUCCUGUUCCGAAGACGGCGAAAAUCUGCAGCACCAGCGGCAGUCAUGAAGAAGAAACGUCUGAGAUCCGAACGACAGUGCCGGUGGCAGCCCCAACGACGACGGCGGCGCCAACAGCAACGGCGACAUCAACGCUGGAACGAAACAGCCGGACUGACGCCACCGGUCGGUCCGCAGCCCUGGAGCAUGCCUACGUGCACGACGUGUACGAACACUGCGAGGAUCCGGUCGGACAGGUCCGGCCAAAGGUAGCCCAGUUUCUGGCGGCCCUCGAUCCGGGCUCGGUCGUGUGUGACGUCGGCUGCGGCAGUGGCCGGUACCUGUCCGGGUUUAACCCGAUGAUCUGCACCAUCGGUGUGGACCGGUGCUUUCGGCUGGCCAAGGUAGCCCGUGAAAAGGGGGCCGAGGUGGCGAUAUGUGAUAAUCUGGAACUGCCAUUCCGGGACGAAUCGUUCGACGCGGUUCUGUCCCUGGCCGUGGUGCACCACUUUGCGACGACCGAACGGCGGGUCGGGGCCAUCCGGGAGUUGGCACGGAUUCUGCGGAUCGGUGGCCGGGUCAUCAUCACCGUGUGGGCCAUGGAGCAGCGACACCGGCGGUUCGAGUCCCAGGACGUGCUGAUUCCGUGGCAACCGCCGCGAUCGAAGAAUGCGGCCGCCUCAGACGAGGACGACGACGAUGACUUCCUGCCGCCGUACCACGCCUACACCGAGGAUUCGACCAACUCGAGCCGGUCUGCGGGCGACGGGGACAGCUCCAGCCUGUCGUCGUCGUCCCCCGGCGAAACGUGCUACAGCUUCGUGCGACGAGCCAUACAGAAAUUGGCCGGCAGCAAAAAGAGCCCCUGGUUCCUGGAAUCGUGGAGUUCACGCGAAACCAAACACGACAGUAGUCUCGACUACGAGGAUGCCAAGGAUCUGCCAAUCGAGCUGAGACGUCUGGAAGACUUCGACGACCUGCCGGAGCCGCCGCUGUCUGCCGGGUUGAAAAGCCGGAGCUUAGGUAGUAUAUUAAAUCCACCACCAAAAACCAUAGUUAGAUCACGUUCAAGUGUACCAAGUUUAGGUGCUCAAAUACCUGAAUCGAAAGCCACACCCGCUGAGCCAUCAGCCUCCCGAAGACCAAAACUAGUUAAACAGAAACAAUCAUUAUGUGAAGACGUAGAUUACAAGCUGUGCGAAUCGGCACAAGCCUACCGAGAGCACAUAACCCGUAACGAAUCUCGGAUUCAGCUUCUCCGGAAGCAAAGCUCCCUGAACGAGGAGUUGAUGGCCGAAAGCCGGUUGCGCGAGAAAGACCGAAUCCGGAAGCGAAUACAAAAGCAGAUGUCCUUGAACGAAUCGUUCCUCUGUCGGUCACUGUUCACCAAGCGGUUAGCGGUGAUCAAGGAGGGCUUCACGACGAAGCUUAAGACAUCCACCGGAAGCUUGGAGCGGGUCACGAAGAACGGGUUCGUGAAGAUCAUGCAAAAUAUCAAAGCGACCGCCCAAGCCCACCACAGUCACAAUUACGCGCAAAACCGGUCUUACGAUUCGUACCCACCCGGCUAUGCACCCUACGGGCCGGAUGGCCGUCCCGGAAGCCAUCAUCUGUCCCGGAACAACUCCAUGAACAAUGGCAGCAACGGCAGCGACAAGCUCAACGGAAUGGGCACCAGCCAGGAUGACUCGAAACCUCGGCGCCACUCCCGGGAAAGCGGUUCCGAAAGUUUUCGUUCCACUUUCAUUAAACGACAACGUUUCGCGGACUCUUCCAAGGACAGCAGCUUGCAGAGCGAUACCAGCAUCGAGUCUGAGGACAGCUUUGCCUCGGUGAUCUUCAUUCCAAAGCCGGAACAGCAGCAACAGACGCAGAUGCUGAGCAAUAAUGGCGGCGGGGACGGGUUUGGUGCGGGCCCCUGUCGGAUGCCGUCGGGGCCAACGUCACCGAUGGUGAUGCCCUGUCCAACGCCAGCACACUCGCCGGCACCUCCACGCACAAAACCUGGCUUCACCAGCGAGACCAACGGGUGCAGCAGCAGCGGACUCAACGGUGCCGCCAGCGAACUCAGCCAAUUCACCUUCGACGAUACUUCGGUCCUGCCCAAACUGGACGAAGUUUCACCCACGUCAUCGUCAUUUGUAAAUAGCGCACUUAGUUCUAGUAUUAAAAAUCUAAAGUCCCCGCCUUCAAACGCUUCGGCUUGUUCGAGUUCUACAACCGCUUCCAGCAGCAAACCCAGUAGCGCCAUCCCCGCGACGAUAGCGGCGACGACGACGACGACGGCCAGAUCAUCACCACCAGUGCAGAAGAUUACGCGGCAGCAGAUCAAGGAUUUGCCACCGAUUCCCAAGUUCCGCAAAAGUGGAAAUUAUCCGAUCCUGCGCCGACAGUCCUCCACAAGCAGCGCAGCAGCGGCUCCUGUAGUGCCAAAAUUGUUAUCUCUAGAACUGUUCAACCCGGAGACGGACGACCUGGAUAGCGAUUCCAGCGAACCUUCCUCGCCGGACUCGAUCGACAGCGUGAUCAGCGCGUUGCGUCCAUCGGUGUCACCACAACCAGCAGCGACAGCUGCGAACGCCGCACCCCAACCCACGACUCAACCCUCGACGAUUCCUCCGCUGGUCGAAGCCGCGGCGGUAGUUGCCCACAAGUUGGAAGACGCCGUCGGGCUGGUCUUACGGGAAAGUGAAUCCAAAUCAACCAAACUGCCCAACGGAGUGCCACCCGGCGCCAGCAGUACCAACGAUACCGACCUGGACGACACCUCCUGCCGACAGCACUUGGUUGACUUUGCCGAGAAACUAAGCGCCCAAUUACUCAAAGAACUGGACAGCGAGAAACAACGUUGCGAAAGCAGUUUCGACGAAGACGACGACGUGUUCAGCGAGGGUAAACUCAAGCAAAAGACUCUGACCCUUUCCGACGCUCAUCCGAUCACGGAUCCGUACCUCAAGAAGCUCAACGGUGACCUGAGAGAUCUGAACCAACUGCGAGCGGAACUGCGCGAAAGACGACUCAUGCUUGCCAAUCUGAGCCACCUCGGCUGCAGCAGCGGGUUGGGUGGCAGCAACGACUCGCUUGGCCCCAUAAGCUACGGAUCUUCGAUGACGCCGAUCAUCCAAGAGGAAGGCUCCGACGAUGACGAGGACGAAGACGACGAACAACAACAACUGCACGAGUCCUGCGAAAUGGAACACGAAGACUUUGACGGCUUCUACGGACUGCGCGGAAACAUGAAGAAUCUCAGCAAAAACGACGAAUUCGUCAUCAUCCCCGAGCUGGACGAGGAAGACACCGAGAUGGCGAGUGACACAGCUUUACUGAUACAGGAAGAGGAUAGCUCAGAGGAGCAUCCUCAAAACACGGACGUAGAUCUUCUAGGCAACAGUAACAAUAAUAGUGCGAAUGAUAGCCAUCAAACUAGCAGUAGUAGACCUAGCUUACCCCCCAAAACGAUAAAUUUGAGCUACUCUCAGCUUCCGGGCGCCAGCCCCGGAAGCCACUCACAGCAUCAAAGCAAAUCCACGACUCAACCCCCUCAACUCCAAACGGCAACAGCAGUGCCAGUCCUAACCACGCUCCCAGCUGAACCCAGCAACAGCAAGCAAAAGAUGGUGGGCACGACCGCGGCGAACAAAUCGUCGAUCGAAUCUCACGCCAGCGUCGAAUCGUGGGCCCACUCGAACAGUUCGGCCUCGCUGGACAGCCCGUCGGCGGGCGGGGCGGCCACCCACCACCGGUACUAUCACGUGUUCCGCGAGGGCGAGCUGGACGCGCUGAUCAACCACCACGUGACCAGCCUGCACAUCGUGUCGUCGUACUACGAGCGGGCCUCGUGGUGUGUCGUCGCCGAGAAGGUGCAGGUGUGGACGAUCUAAGGUGAGGUAGGGCUUGGUUUGUUUGCUUUUUUUUUGGCUGAACAUCUGAGCACCUAUAAUUUUCAAUAAAAUUAGAGUGGUAAAUGUUCUCGAUAAUCUUCAAUCUCCAUAUUGGCCACCAUCGAGAUUCGAUCUUGGAUAACACAUUCCCAGAUCACUUUGAAGCAUUCUUACAAUCACAUUUGUUUCCAGAGAUUCGACUUGAUUAUUGACUUUUUCUCUUUUUUCAUUGAUUUUUGAGUCUCAAAAAGGUUCAGUUUACAUUUAAAUCAAAUCAAAUAUUUACUAUUUUUUUUUAUUUUGGCAACCUGGCAACCAUGCCUAAAUCAAUAGUACAUUGACAUUAUUAAAGCUCGUAUACCAACCUUCAUGAAUUCCAUCGAUUCAGAAUUUAAAAAAAAACUAAUAAAAUGUUUGUUUAAGUCGAUUUUAGUACUGACAAACACAUUUUUGUAAAUGAGAAUACAGUGAAAUUGCCUUUUUGUGAAAGGAUAUCGAUAACGUUUAAUAAUUUAUUUGCCGUGAAAAAUACUAUUAAUUUAAAAGUAAUUUAAACUCAUCUGCCCACCAUUGAAAAAACGGCUAAUAUCCACUUUUGGCAAAAACGAGAUAUUAGCACCAGGUGGUAGAGGAUGUUCCAACGCAUCUUCUGGAACUUGAAUUUUACUGAAAUAGUGCUUAGACUUGGCUGCCGAUGCGAAAAACCAAACGGCUAAUAUGCCACUCUUAUGGGAAAUUGCCUUGACGGAGAUUUUGUCACAAACACUAAAACGCGUUUUUCUCGGAAUACUUGAUUUGGCAUAAUAGCCGAAUUUUCAAUUAUGGGCAGUCAUAAUGUUCAGCCAAAAUGAAAGAGCCAAUCUUUAAAAAGGUUAAAGGGUAAUUUCCAGAGGAACUCAAAGGUGAAACUCAUACAAAAGUUAGCAACCAAUUUGAACAAUUACACAAGGCGAACCUAAGAGAAAUAAUCACAUACAUACACAAAAACACAUUUAGAACAAGUUAAUUACGUCUAAGCGAGAAAAAGGCUCUAAACUGUAUUAUUUAUGUCUCUGUGAUUCAUAUAUUAUAGACAGUAACAUAGCGUUAGGAGAAUAAAUUUGAGAGUGGGUGAGGUACAUUGCAAUUUAACAAAAAAAAAAAGA